GCAAAUUAGUACUACGGGUUGCGCAUACAAACAUAUCGGGUUUGGGCACCUCACUUGAACGCGUCUCUGCCUUGCGACGUUCCAUCUGCGCCGCACAGAGUCCAUCGCAGCACGCGCACUGGGCGCGCGCGACAUACUUGCCCUGCUGCUCCUGCAAACGCAUACGUUGGUAUAGGCUUUCAGCGGCGCAGCCAUGGCAAAUCCAGCCGAGCUGGGGCUAGAGGCCUACCUGGAAGCGAUGGGCGUCGCACACCAGCGGCAGGCCCAGUACGUGGCGGCCCUGCAGGCCAGCGUGGACGAGGUGGCGCGAGUGCGGGAGCUGCUUGGGCGACUGCCGGACAAGGUCCGACACAGGGCCAUGGUGCCCUUCGGCAAGCACGCCUUCUUCCCCGGCGAGCUGGUGCACACCAACGAGUUCCUGGUGGGGCUGGGCUGCGAGCUGCAGCUGGAGGCCAGCGCCAAGCAGGCGGCGGAGCUGCUGGGUCGCAGACAGGAACGCGCGGCGGCGGCACUGGCGCGCGCGCGGCUGCAGCUGCGGGAGCUGGAAGCCAGGAUGCAGGACCUGCGCAUGUCACUCACAACCGAGUCCGGGGAGGGGUUUAUGGAGAUUCGCCAGGACUGGGACGAGGCGGAGCAGCUGCUACAGGACGCGGCCGCCGCCAAGGCCGGCAGCAGGGCGGCUCAGGCGCAGGAGCAGGUGCAGGAGCGGACAGGGAGCAGCAGCAGUGGAGACAAGGCGGCGGGCAGCGGCAGGGGCGGGGCAGCGGCGGGUGCGGCUGCGGGCGCGGACGACGAGGAGGAGGCUCGCAUCUUCGCGCGGUUGGCCGAGUUGGAGAGGAUGGAGGCGGAGGCGGGCAGCGGGGGCGAGGAAGAGGAGGAGGCGAACGAUGAGGACGAGCAGCAGCAGCAGCAGCAGCAGCAGCAGCAGAAGACGGAUGGAGACAACGGGGAAGGAAAGCAUGCGGCGGCUGCGACGGGGCGGGCAGGCGCAGGCCAGCCAACGGAGGGCGCAGGGAUAGGCGGCGCAGGGACGGCGAAGCCAGGAGCAAGGGCAGCAGCGGGGCUGCCGGCGGCUGUAGCAGCCACUGCUGUUGCCUCAACCCCCAGGCCCGGUGGUGCAAUGCUGUCGAGCCCUGCACAAGCGGGAGCCUCGGUCCCUGGCUCAGGAGCACCGGGUCCCCAAGCAGCCGCGAAUAGGGCGGGUGCGGCGGGCAAGUCAGCGGCCUCCGCGGCAAAAGGCAGGAGUGGCGCCGCGCCGCUGCGCAAGGGCUUCCUGCUCGGUGGCGGUGGCGGUGGUGGGAAGGUCAAGGCAAACGGCACUGCGGCGCCUGCGCCAACGGCGGUGGCUGCAGCAAAGGCGGAAGCCGCAACUCUGGCAUCUGCAACGGCAGCGGAAGCAGGGGUGGGCAGUGGCGGCAGCGGCAGCAGUUCGCCGUCGGCUGGAGAGGCGCGGCGGCGGCGGCGGGUGUCGUUUGCCGACGGAUCGGCGCCGGGGCAGGAAGGCGGUGGCGACGCAGGACUGCUGGCGGCCGGGCCCUUUGCCAGGCGUAGCGGCAGCCCCUCAGAGGGCGCCUCGGCAAGGAGCAGCAGCAAUGGCGGCGGAGAACAGGCGGCUGCGGGCGGCCUGCGCCCGGCGCUGAAGCAAGGCACGGCCACAGCCACUGUGCAGCAGCAGCAGCAGGAGCAGCAACACUCGUCAGCUGAGGAGUUCUGGGGCCCGGUAGCGGGCCGGGGGCGUGGCGGGCCGGGAGUGGCGGCGGCGGUUGUCGAGGAAAGCCACUGUGACGCGGCUAUGGCCAUGGCGAGGGCGCGCGAGCAGGCUUUCUCGGGGCAGGUGGUGGAGCGGGAUAGUGGGAGCGUGGGCACUGUUGGCGCGGGGCUUUCGGGUGGUGAUGGGUUGGAGGGUCAGGAGGGAGUGGUGGUGUUGGCACCCGCACGUAAGGGCGGGGCCAACUUCGGCGUUCCUCCAGAGGAGCCGGCGCCGCCCAAGCGCAUGUCCAAGUUUAAGCAGCAGCGCGCGGGGAUGGCUUAAGGAUAGUGCCUGCAUGCAAGAGGCCAUGCCAUUGUGGGAUGGAUGGAACGCGCGCGACGAUGGAUGGAACGCGCGCGACGGCGGGAGCAGUGCGGACAGGGGAUUCAAGGCUGCAUU